AUGAACCUAUGGAAGGAUAUGGUCAGAUCUAAUAAAAUAACCACUGACCAGGAAGCGAGGUUAAAGCACAAUACAGAGCGACUCGUCUGCUCCGAAAUUAUACAGGAAUAUCAUAUUAUGAUUCAGGAAGGACUUGAAUCAUCAUAUUUGACCAAUGGGCUGAGCCGUGUCCUCCUACGUGUUCCGCAUGACCAGCCCAGUACGCUCUACAACUUUUUCUGUGAUCCUCACAACGAAGUGACCCCAGAAAGCGAUAUUACUUCCCAGCUUAGGAAGUCUUCUGUUGCGAGGGUACUUUGUCUAUAUUUGAUGGCAUUCCGUUCGCCUAUUCAAGGACAAGACACCAACCCUGAAUUUCCGAGUCCAGAGUCCGGUUCAUCUUAUAGACUACCAUCGUCGUCUCCGUUACCAGCCGCCUCAGAGGGUCGUCGAGUGCCCACACGAUCUCAGACGAGCUGUGCACCUUCGGAGAUUCAACCGCGAUCGCAGUCACCUGGCUCGUCUGGCUCUGAUACAAAUCAAGUAGCUGGCCAUAAACGGAGAAUCAGUCAGGUCACGUCUUCUCCAUCUGCUCGGCGAUCAAGUCGCCAACCAAAGGCAGGGAAUGACGAAGACGACCAUCGCCAGCGCCGCGCCGCGCAGUUCUGUACGCAGCGAUGCUUGCUCGGAUUGCGGACGAGGAGGAAUCUAGAUGCAUUGUGUCCAAACGUGGAUCGUCAUCGCCGGGGCCAGAACGACCCGGCUCAGCAUCCGAUAUCGGCAGAGGAAUUGACACUUUCAUUGAAAUACCAGCUGGAUGAAAACAUAGAUCGAUGCAUACCUCUCGGUGGUUGCGGCUCAUACGGCGCUCCUUUCAAACUUACGUGCAUGGAAUACGGUUACACAGUUCUCGGCAAAGGCACCACUUCGGGGUUGUGGGAAGAAGUUUCCCGUGAGGUGCAGGUGUAUCAAGUGCUGCGCAAGGCGCAAGGAUCUGCUGUGCCUGUGUUUCUGGGAACGAUCGACUUGGCGAAGAUCUUCUUUCUUCAUGGCGCUGGACAAAUUCGCCACCUGCUUGUAAUGGGGUGGGGAGGUGAGUGCACAGCGACUAUGGAGCUGACGCAACGGCUCCGCUGUGAAAUUCACAGAUCGAAGAAAGAAAUCAAAGCCCUUGGAAUAGUACAUGAAGACUUUAGGCGAGAGAAUGUCCUCUGGAGCGAAGAGCUUGGGCGUGCUUUGAUUAUUGAUUUCCACCGCUCUACGUUGGAAUGUCGACCGACUCUUCAACGAGCGGGGGCGGCAAAACGACGACUCCGUCGAACGGAGGAAGGCGAUGCAAAGCGUGUUUGUGUGUCGCAAAAAAGAUAA